AGAAGACAUCAAUAAGUCAGCAAUGCCCACUCCAGUAAUCGAGCAACCGGCACCGUCCGUGAAUGGGGGUGACUGUCCGAAAAUUAAGAAACACACCCGAAGAUUCGGAAUUCGCGGCCAAGUUACUGGUGGAGGCUUUCCGUGGAAAGUUCGUGCAUAGCAUAACGGAGGCAAAACUUCCCAUCGCCGUAAGGAACCUAUCCGCCUUCCAUGUAGCGCAGGCAGACGACUUCCGUGACCGGACGUUUGUUGCAGAGCUCGACGGGUCACCAGUGGGUGUACUCGGACUCAAGUUUCACGGGGACGAAGAUAGAGAGUACGCGUGUUUAGGCAUGUUUACGACCGGCAGUGCACAGCGCCACACGUGCUAUGUGGACCAUAUCUGUGUAGACGACAGGGCGCGGGGGAAGGGCGUGGGUAAAGUUCUUAUGGAGAAGGCAGAGGCGGAGGCCCGAUGCCGACAGUGUAAGGCAAUGACCCUCUACGUUACGACUGACAACCGUGCCCGGCAUUUGUACGAAAGACAGGGGUACUCGGUCAUUGCCACAGAAAGUGUUUGUGGAUGUCUGGGCUGCUGUAUUGGACCACCAGGGAGUGUCUAUGAGAUGUCUAAGCCUUUGUAAAGCCAACCGUCCUAUGUCGAUCCAAAGAUGAUGGGAAUAGGACAUGGAAGUUCAACUUACACAUCAGUGUAACAUGUUGAGCUUUUCUCUAUAUGAUACAAUAUGUUGCUGAACAAAGCCCAUAUUAUACUUUAUAAAAUUGUAUAUGUUAAGGCUACCUCAAAUGACAAAAAUGCAAUACUCGUAUUUUUAUGACCAUUACAGAAUGCAAACAGCUAUUUAAAUGUUGACGAAUCUCAAACAUUAAAGGGAUUGUUGAAAAUGGAAGUUCAGUUACCUUGAAAAAAAAUGAAUCAACAUUAAGCAUAGGCUCAGAUCGUUUUACAACUGUUGUUUUUUCGGCAUAGCUGUUUAACCCAGCUUAUCACCCUAGCUUUCCUUGAAAGCGACCAAUCGAUUUGAAUAUAAAAUUUCCCGCCGGUAAGCCUGAAACUUGUCGAAGUAGAAAACGUACAAUCUGCAAACAGUUUUCAAAUUUACAUUCAUAUGUUAUUCAACCGACUUUCAAUUUUUGAGAAGUAUAGGGUAUGCAAAGGGAUACUACAGUGCGUUUAGCAACGAUAUU